AUGCAGCCGACUAUUCUCUUCCAGAAUGAAGCGGGUACUGUUUACUUGAUCGAUCUACCAACGUCAAUCCAAAAUGGUCAAGACACUGUCUACACGUUAAAAUCCUCGGAACCUCUUGAGUUUCCAUACCUGAGCACCGAACCAAAGGGUGCGAAGCGACAUGCUGCACUCGCCGCGCUCUCAUUGAAGGAACGCUCGUACCAUGCAUCUGUGCAGGAGAGGAUAUCUCUGGCACUAGCCGAGAUCCGGAGUCAUCUACAGGCAACUGGUCAAGGCGGUAUUUGGUGCUACCCUCCUCACGCCUUGAUCACCAAUGCUGCUCCAGAGUUGAGCAAUAGUAAUUAUUCGCCAGGACCACCUGUUAUCUUGUCGACCACUGAGCUUCGCACUCAUUUCUCCUCGCUUCGUGAUCUGGCAGGCAAUGUGGUCUGCAAUCUUCGAUCUGCCGCUGCGAUUGUUACAGUGACGAGUCAUGGAGAAUUUGUUAUCCCACCAAGAUCUACAUUUAUUCUGGCAAGCCUCGAACAGGGGUUGCCUGCUUUUGUGCUCGCCCGAGAAGGCUUCUUCCGCGAAUGUCCUGGUUUUGAACUCAUUCUGAUGGAUCCACCCUGGUCCAACCGCUCUGUCCGGCAUUCCGGUGCUUACAGAACGCAAGAGAAUCAAGUUCAAGAUCCGUUUGAUGAAGCUUUGCGGAUCUUCAUGAGAGUGUGUGCUCCACAAGGUUGGCUCGCCGUCUGGAUCACUAAUAAGUCCUCGAUCCGAGCCAUGGUUCUGCAGACAUUGGAAACCAUGGACCUCCACUUACAAGAGGAAUGGAUCUGGAUCAAAACAACAAUUCAUGGUGAACCUGUUACACAGCUUGACGGAGUAUGGCGGCGACCAUACGAAAUCCUCCUAUUAUUUCAAAAAGGGGUAUCACCUAAGAGGAUGAAAAGAAGGAUCAUCGCCGGCGUGCCAGACGUGCAUUCGCGGAAACCGUGCCUGAAGAUGUUGUUGCAAGAGCUGCUGCCCCCGGAUUACCGUGCACUGGAGCUAUUUGCAAGGAGUCUUACCGCUGGCUGGUGGUCGUGGGGCGAUGAAGUAUUGAGGUUUCAACACGAAAGCCAGUGGGCUGACUCAAUCAUUGAGCUUAGGAGCGACAACCCUCUUUGA